AUCAAAACCAAUAAGUUAUUAUCUGUGAUCAAAACAACAGAAUUUUGUUUCGUCCACAGGUUUCCUCAGAUGUUUUCUUAAUUUUCUUAAAUAGGUACGAUUUGUUUGAAAAACUAGUACUUCAAAAGGAGAAAUAGAAAAGACUCAACUGAACAGUUUCAAUCGAGUUAUCAAACACAGGCAAUAGAAGUUCAAAAUUAUAUCAAAAUGUUGGCUAUGGAGAAAAAAUUCGAAAUUGAAAUGAAGUUAAAAAAGGAAAUGAGUAACAUGCAGGAGCUAAAAGCCGCAGCCAAACGCAGCUCCGCCCUUGCUAAUGAUGUUUGCAAUGUCCUGGGUGCCUGUGAACAACGUCUCCAGCAGUUGGAGACGGCAGUACUGCCGUUGUAUGGAGACACAGCCAGGUUACAGCACAUACAUCAUAAUAUGGAGAAAACAGUGAAUGCUCUCGACCAUGUGAUAAGCUACUACAUGGUGUCUAGAGAACAGGCUGACCUCAUCCAGGCUGGUCCCCACACGGCCAACACAGAGUCCCUGAACAUAUACCUGGAGGCUCUGGAUAAGCUGGCAGAGGCCCAGACUUUUUUCAAUAAGAAUAACCCUCAGAGUGUUGAAUUGGAGAAUAUAAAUCAGCUGUACAACACUGGAGUGCUAAAAUUGGAGAAUGCAUUCGAAGACAUGUUGAGUAGGCAGACGAGACCGCUGUCUCCCACCACACUCAUGGACAUGAUUGCUUUAGAAGAAGAUUCAAGUGUGGACAGCGUCAGCGUUAGCGGCAGCGGGUCCACUUCUACCUGUACACUGGAGACGCUGCGAGCGGCCGCCACGUGGCUCAGCGCCAGCGGCCGGGCGCCCAGCGCUGCGCUGCUCAAUUUGAGAGCCCCCGCUGCUAAGAACUCUCUGAUAGCGUUCAAGGACUAUCUGAGAUCAAGAUCUAUGGCUGCGUCACCGCUUUUGAGAGCUAAGAAUAAUCUUCAUCGGUCAGACAGUACCAACAGGAGGACUAGUAAAAUUCAAAAAGUUUUAGAAAAACGCGCCAACAAGAUAAUGCUGAAGGCCUCGCAGACAUUGGAGCAAUCCACUGGUUUAGCUAUUGGACCUCGUCGGUCUGUCAGCGAAUUAUACAGCGAUGAAGGCGAAGCAUUGGAAGAAUGCGAAGCGGAACUCGCCGGCACCCUGGCGGCCGCCCUGUGCCGCCUGGCGAGACACGAGCAGAGACAGCUGUUGGGGUUGGUGCCGCUGCAGCGGUUACCAGCUGUCAUAUCUCACGUGAUGAAGGACUGCUUUCAAAUAUUGGCCGCUGAUGUGGAGCGCGCGUGCGUGAAGGCGCGGCGCGGCGCGGCGCGGGGCGGCGCGGGCGCGGCGCCGUGCUGGGCGCUGCUGGCGCGGCUGGCGCGGCUGCAGCCCGACCUGGAGCGCGCGCUGGCGCCCGCCUCGCCGCAGCCCUACGCCGCCAUCAUCGCCGCGUGUCAGACCAACUGCCUUCGUUCCCUAGAAGAAUUUAUCGAGGGUAUCCGUAACGACAGCGCGGCGGUGUCGGUGGACGGCACCGUGCACCAGCUGGCGGUGGCUGCGCUUGCGCACUGCCAAGCUAUCACUCUGCACGUGCACACUAUAGGUCCGGCCCUGGCGACAGAGCCGGCGUAUUCCCGCGCUGUGUCGCAGCUAACGCACAACAAUGAUCGAGAUGCGGCGUUACUCGCCAUUUAUAUGCGUAAGGUGCUGGCUCAACUGAACUUCGCGCUUCGCACCAAAAGCGAGCAGUAUCCCGACGCGCUUAAAGCUAUAUUUUUGCUCAACAACACACUGUAUUUACUGCAGGGUCUCCAGCGUAGCGGUCUAUUAGACGUGUUGAUGUUGGCCGAGCCCGAAUGCGAGACAACAUACAGGAACAUGAUACAGGAGCACAAGAACGCUUAUCUCCAAAGUUGGAACAAGCUGAUCGCUCAUACUGUACUGGACGAGCCGCUACAGGGCAAAUUGAAAGACAAGGACAGACAUAUCCUAAAGGAAAAGUUUGCUUCUUUCAACCGGGAAUGGGAGGAGACGACUAAAGUGCAACGCGGUUACAGCGUGCCCGAUCCGGAACUGAGAGAGGCUUUGAAAAGGGACAAUAAACAGGCGAUACUGCCUCCCUACACCGCCUUCUACGAACAAUACGCCUCGCUGCCAUUCUCUAAGAAUCCGGAUAAAUAUGUCAAAUAUAGUCCCGUUCAGAUCGCUACGCAAUUGGAUGGUUACUUCGACGAGGCCGCUUAGUAGUUAAUAUACUACUAUUCAUCGAUAUAAACAUAACGGUGAAAAGUGUGAUUAAAUAAACAAAGUGGCGGGUAGUGGACCCGCUACUUUGUUUGACAAAAAAUAUAUUUGGCCUCUGGUCUGAAACAAUUUUAAUUCAAAAUUACAUUAAAAUCAGUUCAGCGGUUUACCAGUGAAAACGGAUAUGAAAAUAUAUGGCAAUGAAAACAAAGGAUAAUAUUUAUAAAUAUUUAUUACUGCAACAAAAAUCAUAUUCAUAUAGCAAAUUAGUUCUUGUUCUUCUUCUUUCGUUUCUUCGGCCACUGAAAAGGAAAUAGAUUUUAACAAUAUCAAAUAGUUACACUUUUACAGAUCCAUCUGAUGCGCUUAGAGGCAUUACAGUAUUUGCAAUAUGUUUAAUAAACAGUAUUGAAAUUUACUAAGCUUCUUUCUUGCAAAAAGUUUUGCCAGCACACCAUUAGAGAUACAAAAAAUCUAAUCGUACUAUGGAAUCUAUUUGAUAAAAACAGUAUCAAUCGGUAAAAUCACACAAUAGCGCCAAUCAGUGGAACUACAACGCGAUCAAUACAUACCGCGUUGCAUGUCCUACUUCUAAUGAGUCCAUAUAAAUUAACUAAUGGCGCUACACAGUUUAAUGUACUCGUAAUAAGGUCGUCAUAUGAGUUUGCAUUCGUUUGAUUUGGCGGUAGGUAAGUUGCCGAGAUAGGUGGGUAGUACUGUACGUUUGUAUGAAACGCGUGCGCACGGUUAACUUUAGCUAUUGCAUUCUUUGCGGGUAUGGUGUCUUCAUGCGACGCAAAAUAUGCAGUCAUCCGAAAUCAUACCCGCAAAAGGAAAUCGUUAAAUCAAUAGGAAUGAAAACUAUCGUCAAAAUAUUUUUUUAUUUCAAUUUGUAAUAUCCUUUAGCCCUUUGGCAAGCAUUUUUUAUGUCAAAUUACAAUAAGAUCGCGGAAUAGUGUUUUUCUAGAUAUCCAUAGGUUAUUUUGAUCUGUGAUAAGAUUUCUGUAUCUAUGUAAGAAAAUGUAUAAAGAGUAAAUAAAUAAGAGUAUAACUAUUGUCCUGGUAUACAUACUAUUUAAUCCUGGUAAAAUAUAAAUAUAAUGGUCCUUUUAUAAAUAAAAAUGAUAUUGAUUGAUGUCUAAUUUAAACUGUAAUUAAGCUGUAAGCACAUCAGAUAGGUCUGUUCUUUGAUAUGACUAGACUUCAUUGCUAUUACUACUUUCGCAGAGCUUUAUAAAAAAAAAUGUAUGACAGGUUUUUAUAAUGCACGUUGCUUUCCAUUGCUGACGUUUUGGCACCGAUACAGUGGCCGUGGUAAUGACAUGACGGUAGUUGGAGACAAAUAAAAUUUCAAUGUAGGAAAUGAGAACAAAUGGAAAAUUCCACCACAUCAAGGGUAUAAGAAGUGAUGUUGUGUCGACGGCCCUUGAAACGGGACGGAAACGUCUACAGUAGAAAGGUAUACCUGUGUUAAUAAUAUCUACUUCAUAAAUACUACAAAGCUGUGGUCGGAGUUUAUAAUUCUAAAUUGCAGGAAGCCAUUUAACUUCUUAAAACAUAGAACAUUAACUAUGUGUAUAAAUAUAUAUCACGUAUUUUUACGUAUGUUGUUUUUACAUAAAACACCAUCAUAAAACCCUGACCAUAACUUAUAGGCAGUCUAGUAUAAGUUUGCACAAAAUGGCGACCGUCUAUAUUAUGAAGAACCAGAAAAAUAGCUGGGCCACUCUUUUUAUAACCUCUAUAUGUUAACGGAAAUGUAUGUAAUCCGUCGUUGUAUACAAUUCCUAGAAUUGUAUGUAAUUCCUAAAAUAGCCCGGAAAUGUGUGAAAUAAAUUAUAUUAGUCACAUUUCCUAGGAAAUCUAUACAUUUCCUAAAUAGCAAUCGGAAAUGUAAAUCCCUUGGUGGUACGCGGGGGUAGGCGAGGGGCAUCAUUCAGAAUGUUAACAAACGCUAAGAACACCGCUUAUAUCGAAGAUGAACGUUACAAAGAGUUAAUAGAAGAAGUUUCCACGGCAAAAACUACAGCUAGAUAUACGGCAGCAUAAAAAAGGGCAUCGUUGUUAAGCCUAUCAUAUCGUCAGAGUUUAACUCUUAAGCAAUUAUUAUUUCUUUAAAAAAAAAACUAACUUAACCUAACCUAAAAAUAUUAUUCUCAUUUAAACAAGGUGUUUCAUUACAGAAAGCCUUCUUUUUAUACAUUUCCUAAUACGAUAUAGGAAUUAUAUACAAUUCCUAGGAAAUGUAUACAUCUCCUACGAUAUGUAUGUAUUAAAUAAUUUUUAAAACAAUAUUUUAUACAUUUCAUAAAUAGCUUCGGAAGUGUAUACUUUUCCUAGGAGUUGUAUGCAAUUCCUAGAUUUUAUACAUUUCCGUUAACAUAUAAUAUAUCUUGCAAACUUAUAUUAAACAAUAAAUGUGACAUUCGCCAUGAAUUAUCUUUCGUAAGAGAUAUUGCAAAGAUAAAUAUAGAUUCUACAAAGUCGUUCCAAAUUAGGUACACAUUUAAUAAAUAGUGGUGGAUUCUGAACCAGAUUAUUUUAGCAAAUAUUUUGAAGUACUGAGAAAAAUUAUCGUUCGAAAGUCAAAUAAUAUUAAAAGCCGUAAACUAAUUAAAUUCAAAUUCAUUUUCAGUGUAAUUACUAUAUAAACUAGUUCAGAACCCUUGGCUAAAUUUUCCAUUAAUUGUAUACUUAAUUUGUAUGAGCAUUUCAUUUAGAUUUCUAUAUACAGUACAGUUAAAAACUAUAUCACAAUAAAUAAAGGUAAUGCACUAAUCGUACUGUAUUCUUAUCUAAUGUAAUAAAAUGUAAAAACAAUCGGUUCAAUAGUUUUUGAUAUAUACACUCACGAUUAAGAUAAAGAAAACGUAUACUCAUCUAAAAUUAAAAAUUAUGCGUACAGUUUAGUGAUAUAAGUGUAGCAUAAGUAAAUAACGUAUUUAUUGUAGUGUAUGUAAUGAAAUUAUUAUUAUUAGAUAUAAAUUUCCGUAAUAUAAAUUUAUUUUAUCCAAAAUCUCUCAUGCCUUUUACUAAAGAUUUCCAUCGAUCAUUUAUUUUUAAAACUUUUCUUCAUUUUCGCCUUAUCGUGAAUGUAACAUUUUUUAAUAAAAAAAAGAACACGAAACUGCCUACGUCCAGGAUCAUAGAAAAAAUACCCCACCGCCAUUAAAAAAAAAAAAAAAACAAUUUGAACCGAAUAAAAAGGUUUCUUUUUUCCAUAAAAUGUGGAACACAUUCGACAGUGUUCAACAUGCGAUGGAAGUAACUUACUUACAUACAUACGUAAUGACAAGUUAUUUUAAAAUUUUUAGAAAAGUGAAAUAAAUAUACGUAAUUGUUUGCACAAGAUUAAAUUGCGCAAAACUUAGAAUUCACACACACACAGACAAAAAAAAAAUAUAAAUGUUUGGAACAAAAAUUUGUUGGAUUUCGUAAUGUUGUAAUUUAACCACGGAAAGACGGAAUUUGGAAUUAUAAUAAUAAUUAAUUACAAAAAGAAAAUUUGAAAAAUGGACUCUGACGACCUUUAUCGUUUCACCUUUUUCUAACUAGUGUAAAUAAAAAGUACAGUGUUAAAGUGGAAUUAUUUCACUUUUCCAUCAUUAUUCACCUUUCAAUAAAGCAAAUUCUACGGAACAUCACUGGACUCCAAAUUAAAAUGUUACCAAUGGUUCUCGAUUCGAAUCGAAUUCGAUUCGAACUAAUGCCUGUAAAACGUGGCUAUCCCCACGGCCGUACCUUUCUUUCUCUGGACGCCUCUCGAUCCUAGUUGAACAAAGAUACACCACACUGCUACGUGAGAUAUGGUCGAAAACUAUUGGUAAUGUCAAGUUUCUCAAGUUCGUGACGCCAGGGUCAAGGGUUCGAACCCGACCGAAAAUUGGAUAUAAACAUCAACGUUUAAUGUUGUACAAAAUAUAUACAAAAUGUAGCUUUGUCCACGGUUGAACCGCAAAAUCGAUUCAGAAGUUUUUGGGUUACACAUUUUUAAAUUGUUAUGUUUAAUAUUUUUAACUCAAUGCUUUACCCGUGGUUUUUACCGCUUGUAGUGCAAUCGGUUCAGUAAUUUCUAAGAUUUAAAUUUUACAAAAAAAUAAAUAAAACAAACACAGACAGCUAUCAGCAACAUUUUUGUCAAACGUUUCCUUUUAAAAUCAAAGUAGAACACGAACUUGACUUUUUUGUAUAAUGGUAAAAUUGUAAAUUAUUUAAGAGUUUAAAUGCCUGGCCUACAUACAUACUUGAACCAUCAAGCAGUUAAAAAUUAAAUUUUCUUUAUCAUGUUCAAACAAGUCUUUGUAGUGUUUGGCAAGUUGCUUCACAGUUCACAUUUUCAAUUUUUUUUUUAAUUUUGCUGCGAACGCUAUAUCAUACUCACGUCACUAAAAGAGUCUGAAACUUUUCCCAUAUGGUCGUUUGACCUACGAAAGUUGCAACAACAUAAUUUUCGACAUCGGGAGAUUGGGCGAUAGGAUUUUCAAAUUCGAACGACAGAAAAGUAUCCGUCAAUUUUGUGGACGAAAUUGAAAUGAAUGUGAAUGAAGUUUUUAAGAUGAAAGUCCUGUCGGUUGAACGUUCGAUGUUUAAAAAUUAUGUCGUUGAACUGAACUAAGGUUAAACGACCGUCGGAGAAUAAUUU